AUGUCAUGUCGUGUAGACUCCGUGUAUCGAAUAGGUUUAACGCACGCUUCUCAUGCAAGUGGUACUGAUAAGCCUGUGGUUGCUUUCAUUGCUGGACUUACUGCUCCACCUGGUCGUCGAAUGGGUCAUGCCGGAGCCAUUGUUUCCGGUGGCAAAGGUACAGCUCAGGACAAGAUUAAGAGUUUAAAUGAUGCCGGAGUGAAGGUUGUUGAAUCUCCUGCCAAGAUCGGAGCCGCAAUGUACGAUCUCUUUAAAGAAAGAGGUCUUUUGAAGCAGUGA